AUGGAGAAGAGAACCACAGCCGUGUACUGCAGAGGACUGCUCCCUCCAGAGGCGCUGCGCAGCCAGGAGUGGAAUCAGCAUCGAGAGAACAUUAAGGAAAGGUCUCCAGAAUUGCUGCAAAAGGCUACGUCCCAGGCACCCACCUACUGGAAGCAGGACAACCACCCACGUGGACCAACACAGCUGGAGAGGGCAGAGGAGCGGAGGCUGGCAAGGCCAGUGCUGAAGGAGCCAGGCAGAGCACCCAGCACAGCCAGGAUGGCAGCAACAGAGACACAGGCGAGCAAGGACGCCGUGGGGGACACACUGCCCCCGAGAGCUCAAGUCGACGGGGUGGCCUCUGGCUGGACAGAGGCACCGUCGCUGAACAGUCAGGACCCGAGGACGACCAAAGGGUCAGGGGACCAGAGCGCGAGGCCGACGGCCAAAAGGAUGGUGCCCACGAAGCUGCAGGGCAACGCGGCCGCCACAGCAAGGACACCCCUUCCAGAAAAUCAGGCUGGGGUGCAGACCCCUGCGGGAGCGGGGCCAAUGGGAAAGGAGUCAGAGGAACCACCAGAGAGGCUGUCCCACCCAAGGACAGAGCCCAGGCCACCCGCGUCCUCAGCCCCUCUCCAGAGCCCCACCACCCAGAGAGCCCAGAGAUUGCGGGCCGCCAACUUCAAGUCUGAGCCGCACUGGGAUUUUGGAAAAUACAGCCUGGAGGUGAGCGGCCUCCAGACGACCUGCCCUGACUCAGUGAAGAUCAAAGCCUCCAAGUCACCCCGGCUCCAGAAUCUCUUUCUGCCCAACGUCACCCUCUUCCUGGACUCCAGACACUUCGACCAGAGCGAGUGGGGUCGCCUGGAGCACUUCGCUCCACCCUUCGGCUUCAUGGAGCUCAAUUUCUGUGAAAGGUCGUGCCCUGCUUCCCCCCACCCCCCGGCGCCCCAGCAGCAGCUGCUCCUGGCCAGCCUCCCUGCUGGGAGCUCCCGGUGCAUCACCUGUGCCGUGGUGGGCAACGGGGGCAUCCUGAACAACUCCCAAGUGGGCCCAGAGAUAGACGGCCAUGACUAAUUGUUCCGACUGAGUGGAGCUGUCAUUAAGGGCUAUGAACAGGAUGUGGGUACUCGGACGUCCUUCUACGGCUUUACUGCCUUCUCCCUGGCCCAGUCACUCCUUAUACUGGGCAAUCGGGGUUUCCGGCAUGUGCCUCUGGGAAAGGCGAAGGCUCCAGGAAGCUUUCUGGGAAGCUCUGCAGUUGGACAGAUACCUGUUGCCGCACCCAGACCUGCUCCCAUACGUGAAGAACAGGGGAGAGCGGAAAGCCGGUAG